AGUGCGCAGAGGACGCGGCGCAGCCAUGUACCGGCUCCUGGGCGUGGGCCUGGCGCGCGGCCUCCUGCGGGCGGCUGGGCGGCAGCGCGGGGGUCGCCCGGCGCGCCUGCCGCCGGGGCCGGUGCGGAGUCGGGUGGACGUGCCGCCGCGCCUAGGGGUGCCGCGCGGCCGGGGUCCGGGGCUGCUGCCGCUGUUGGCAGCGCUCGCCUGGUCCUCGAGGCCCGCCGCGGCGGAGCGGGAGCGAGAGCGAGAGCGGCGGGGCGAGGGCGAAGCAGCGGCCGAGGACGCGGCGGCCGAGGCGGAGGCCGAGAUCAUCCAGCUGCUGAAGCGAGCCAAGUUGUGCAUCAUGAAAGAUGAGCUAGAAGAGGCGGAGCUAAUUUUGCACGACGCCCUUCGUCUUGCUUUUAAGAGUGAUAACAAGAAGGCCAUCACUUACACUUACGAUUUGAUGGCCAAUGUAGCAUUUAUACGGGGGCAGCUUGAAAAUGCAGAAAAACUUUUUAAAGCCACAAUGAGUUACCUGCUUGGAGGGGGCCUGCAGCAGGAAGACAAUGCAAUAAUUGAAAUCUCUCUGAAGCUGGCCAGUAUUUAUGCCGCUCAGAAUAGGCAGGAAUUGGCUCUUGCUGGCUAUGAAUUCUGCAUUUCGACUCUGGAGGAAAAAAUUGAAAGAGAAAAGGAGCUAGCAGAAGACAUUUUGUCAGCCGAGGAGAAAGCCAAUACCCACCUCCUCUUGGGUAUGUGCUUAGACAGCUGUGCCCGCUACCUUCUCUUCUCCGAGCAGCCGUCACGGGCACAAGGCAUGUACGAGAGGGCUGUGCGGAUUUCCGAGGAGAUCCUAGGAGACCACCACCCACAGACCGUCGUGCUGCUGAGUGACCUGGCCACCACCCUGGACGCGCAGGGCCGCUUUGACGAGGCCUACGCGUGCGCGCAGAGGGCGGCAGAGCUGGCGAGGCGGGGGGAGCACCCCGAGCUCCACGUGCUGCUGCGGAACCUGGCCGCCAUCCUCACGCACAGAGAACAAUAUGCACAAGCAAAAGCCGUCUACCAGGAAGCGCUGCAGCGAGCAGAGCGGAAGAGAGACGAGGUCUCCGUACAGCACAUUCGGGAGGAGCUGGCCGAGCUAUCGCGGAAAAGGAGCCCUCCGGCCUAAGCGGAGCCCGCUCUGGGCCCCUCCUUGGUGUGGGGCGUCUCUAGGAACCGCGAUCGUCCCGUCUCGGGUGCUCGAAGCUUUUGUCCUUAAGCUCCCUCAACUGAGCCUCGGUGGAGCGGGCCGUCCACGCGGCCGCACGUGCUUUCCGCGGCAACCGGUUGCGCGGGGCUGCCUCGCUGCCCGGGUGGAGCGAGGUUCCGGGAGGCCGGCCCCCUCGGGCUGGGUGCGCCUCAGGCAGGCAGUGCCUCCGGAAGGUUUGGGUCAAUCAGCGUGCUGCCCUCCCUUCUCUGACGUGUCGGUACCUGGCAGACCAGAGCCGCCUGUCUCAUGCCAGACGGUGAGUUACUCUUUCCUGUCAUCUGUCCCGUGAAGCCAGCGUGGGUCUAACGCCUCAAGGAGGAAAAGUGCUAGUACCUUGGCUUUGCCCCCGAGCUUGCUGUUUUAAAGUGGGCAUCAGGCACUUGGCAGGCUAGCGCCCACUCCGCAUGAAGAAACUGAAUGGUGUGGCUUUGGACGGCUCUGGCCAUGUGCGACAGCGUCCCGCUGCCUGUGGCCUGCUCCGCGCCCAGGUCAGGGAAGGGCCAUCGCGUGCCCUACCUGAGGGCGGCUCCGCUGGUCCCCUGGCAGAACUGCUGACCUCGACUUUGGGAGUUGGGGCUCGUGUCCUCCUGUGUGAGGCAGGGGACGGAUGAGGCUAGCCCUGGGAGUGGACUUGGCUGGUGACCUGACGGGACCGGGUCACCUCGGGCUGUGUGACACCUGUCAACACAGGACAUGGGGCCUGUCGUCACGCCAGCAGCCUGCCCAGGAGCCUGGAAGGAACGGGGCGUGCUGCCGGGCUCCUAAUGAACCUGAGACGCCACCCCAGCACUGCACAGGAGCCGGCUCUGCGUGGCCCACGGAAGGGACCUUCCUGCAGCUGCUCCCGCUUGGCUCCCCAGUCCGCUCCUUUACCCCCCCCUCGAGUCUGAGCUGCAGACUGGGCGUUGAUGGGUGAUUUAAGAAAACUCGACUACUCACCUUCCACACUGAAAACGUUUUUACCUUUUCACCGUGAGAGCCGUUACUGAAAGUGAGGUUUUUGGCACCCCAAGUUUUACUGAGGAAUGUCCAGCCCUCCCCCCCGGUCCCGCCGCUGGGGGCCCCGCCCCGGAGGAGGGGUUCUCUGGGCGGCUGUCGUCAUGACCGCCCCCUGGGCUGCUGUGAAACCAGGCUGCGCCACAGGAAGCCUUUCGUGACUGGCCUGCAUUCAAAGGUGACCUGUUGCACUGGCGUGAUCAGAGCAUGAGAAUUUUAAGAUGGAAUCGCCCAGCUUACCCCAGUUCAAGCACCUUGAAUCUUCCAGUCAUAAGCGUGGUGGAAACUGGCCGUCAGAAUACUCCCGUGGUCAGCAGGCAGGCCUUAACUUAGCGCUCCGGAUGCUGGAGAAAGUCACGCGUCAGGCUGCGGCUUCCAAGCACUGGGGCUCGGCCUGCGGCGGACGCAGCCCGGCCCCCGUCCCGCUCAGGGCUGUGCUUGGUCUCCCAGCUGCGCAGAGCCAAGGCCACCACCUCCUGGGCGGUCCGCCCCGCAGGUGUGCCCGGCAAACGCUGCCCUGCCGCUUUUCUCAUCCUCGACAGGGCCCUUGUCUCCUGUGCCGGCGGGAGGGGUGGAGGGAGCCCAGGCGCGUUGGGAGGGGGGCGUGUGGUUACCCGCCGCCCCCUUUGGGGUCCCCAAGUGGAGCUGCAGCGGUGAGGGGCAGGGCUCUGUUCUGACAUGUUCUCGAGAACUAGUCAUAGGAAGGUACCAGCAUCAUCUCUUUGGGACAGUUGACAAUAUAAAUUAUUAAAGUCCAAAAACUGCUGAGCAGAUAA